ACUCAAUAUUCGCAAACACCAGUUUAGUGCGCGAAGUGGAAUAUGUCGCGCUCAUUAGAUGUGCAUACGUUACAUGACGGGAAUAUUUCGGUAUUUUUGUGGGUACCAUCGGAUACAAUAAACUCCAAAGAUCCGGACAAAACUGAUUAUUCAUGCUGUCUGAUGAUCACUGAAGGCCUUACGCAAGGAUUGUAAUAGCAAUGGCCAGUGAUAAAAUCAAAGUUGCUAUUCGAGUUCGGCCGUUUAACAGGCGAGAAAUUGAAUUGGGGACAAAAUGUGUUGUGGAAGUGGACCAACAGCAAACCAUUUUGCACAAUCCCAGUUCAAGAAACAGCGGAAAGCAACCUAAGAGUUUUGCAUUUGAUCAGUGUUUUUGGUCUUUCAAUGAAAAUCAUCAUCACUAUGCAAGCCAAGCAACAGUUUUCAACAGCCUUGGAGCAGAUAUUUUGGACAACGCUUUUCAAGGCUACAACGCCUGCAUCCUGGCUUAUGGACAGACUGGAUCCGGUAAAUCCUUUACCAUGAUGGGUUCUGAAGACAAUAAAGGCCUCAUUCCAAGACUCUGUGAUGCUCUUUUCGAACGCAUAUUUGCAUCAGGGAAGGAAUCGGACUACAAAGUUGAAGUCUCCUAUAUGGAGAUUUACAAUGAAAAAGUUCACGAUUUACUCGACCCCAAAGGUUGCAAACAGACGUUGAAAGUUCGAGAACAUAAUAUUUUAGGUCCAUAUGUAGAUGGCUUGUCAACAUUAGCUGUUUCUUCCUAUGAGGAAAUUAAUAAUCUUAUGACAGAAGGUAAUAAAUCUCGGACAGUAGCAGCUACAAAUAUGAACAGUGAGUCUAGCAGGUCUCAUGCCGUUUUUACUAUCACCCUGACGUGCAGUGUAUCUGAUGAAUACAGUGGGGUGACUGGUGAAAAAGUAUCCAAAAUGAGUUUAGUUGAUUUAGCUGGAAGUGAAAGAGCUAUUAAAACGGGGGCUGUAGGAGAAAGGCUGAAGGAAGGCUCCAAUAUUAAUAAGUCUCUAACAACAUUAGGUUUAGUAAUUUCAAAAUUAGCUGAUCAAUCAUGUGGCAAAACAAAAGACAAAUUUGUUGCAUACAGGGAUUCAGUAUUAACAUGGCUCUUAAAAGACAAUCUUGGUGGCAAUAGCCGAACAGUCAUGGUAGCAACAAUUAGUCCUGCUGCUGACAAUUAUGACGAAACUUUGUCUACUUUAAGGUAUGCAGACAGGGCGAAAAGAAUUGUUAAUCAUGCAGUUGUUAAUGAAGAUCCAAAUGCUAGGAUUAUUAGAGAACUCAGGGAAGAAGUUGAAAUGCUCAAGGAACAACUCAAAGGGACGACUCAAGAGGAUCUUCAAGAUCGACUUAGAGAGUCUGAAAAACUCAUGCAGGAAAUUUCUCAAACAUGGGAGGAAAAACUCAGGAAAACCGAAAAAAUUCAUCAGGAGCGUCAGCAGGCUCUGGAGCAAAUGGGUAUAUCAGUGCAAGCAUCUGGUAUCAAAGUUGAGCAAGACAAAUAUUACCUAGUGAAUCUUAAUGCUGAUCCUUCUCUCAAUGAAUUACUAGUCUAUUAUUUAAAGGAAAAAACAGUUGUCGGUUAUCCCGGUAGUUCCUCUGAUUUGGACAUCCAGCUAAGUGGUCUUGGAAUUAUGCCAAAGCAUUGUACAAUUCUUAUUGAAAAUUCAGAAUUGAUUUUGAUACCUGUGGAAGGAGCCAGGACCUGUGUUAAUGGUUCUGUUGUGACUUCAAAAAUACAACUACACCAUGGUGAUAGAAUUUUGUGGGGAAACAAUCAUUUCUUUAGAGUCAACUGUCCUAAAACAAGUAAUUGCAAUAGUCCUGAUAUACCAGAACGUCCUCUUGAUUAUGAUUUUGCAAGAGAAGAACUUAUGAUGAAUGAACUUUGCAAUGAUCCAAUUCAAAAUGCCAUGGCUGCCCUUGAAAAGCAGCAUGAAGAAGACAAGCAAAUUGCAUUGGACAAGCAACGGCAGAUGUAUGAAAGGCAGCUACAGAUACUUAGGAAUCAAAUGUCUCCAGGUACUCCAUACAGUCCGUAUCCUCCAUUUGAUCUAUUAGGCUUAGGAAAAUUCACUCCUGCUGGUACUCCUACUAGUAAUGUUCAGUCACGCAUGGAAAGAUGGGCUCAAGACAGAGAUGAGUUGUUUAAGAAAAGUUUAGCUAAACUGCGAGAAGAUAUUGUAAGGGCCAAUGGUCUUGUACGAGAAGCUAAUUUUUUGGCUGAAGAAAUGGGCAAGGAAACGGAGUUCAAAGUCACACUUCAGAUCCCUGCUGCAAAUCUCAGCCCCAAUCGAAAAAAAGGUGCUUUCGUGAGUGAACCUGCGGUCCUUGUCAAACGUCGCAACAAAAAUGGCCAAGUUUGGUCUAUGGAAAAGUUAGAAAAUAAAUUAAUAGAUAUGCGUGAAAUGUACCAGGAGAGGAAAGAGAAAGGUCUAAAUAUGAAGGAGGGACUUCCACCAAAAGCAAUGGAUCCAUUUUAUGAAUCCCAAGAAAAUCAUAACUUAAUUGGUGUUGCAAACGUGUUCUUGGAUUUUCUGUUUCAUGAUGUGAAACUAGAUUAUCAAGUUCCUAUCAUUAGUCAACAGGGAGAGGUUGCUGGUAGACUUCAUGUUGAGAUCUGUAAGCUGGAAGGAAGCUUUUUGGAUACUUUGGACAAUUCUGAGUCAGAAGUUGAGAGAAAUUCAGAAAGCAAAGACAGUUCUCAUGAAACAAGUGAAACUAAUUUAGGAAGGCAAAUUGCAGUUCAGCUUUCUAUUAAAUCUGCAACUGGUUUGCCUCCCUCUUUGUCAAAUUUUGUAUUUUGCCAAUACGUUUUUUGGGGUCAUCCAGAUGCCGUUGUAGUUCCGCCCAUUGUGAAUCCUGAAUAUCCUGCAUCAAGGAAAGGAAAGGAUUGCAUGACUUUUAAAUUUGAACAUGUUCAGGAAUUUAUCAUCAAUGUGACUGAAGAAUUUGUUGAGCACUGUUCAGAAGGAGCUUUGUCAAUAGAAGUGUGGGGCCAUCGGAGUGCUGGAUUCAGCAGUUCAAAACCUGGAUGGGAUGUUGACGUCCAAUUGAUGCGAUCUCGAUCCCUUGCCGAUCGAUGGUCAGAAUUGAUAAGAAAAAUUGAAUUGUGGGUUGAAAUUCAAGAGCUGAAUGAUAUGGGCGAGUAUGCUGCUGUUGAGGUGAUACCUAGGCCAGAUAUUGCAACUGGUGGUGUUUAUCAACUGCGGCAGGGGCAGCAACGUAGAGUUGUUGUGAGAGUGAAACCUGUACACAAUUCUGGUACACUGCCAAUAAUCUGUGAAGCUAUCACGAGUGUUUCUAUUGGAGGAAUUUGUUCUCGUUCGAAACUACAAAAACCUUUAGACUCAUAUCAAGAAGAAGAUUUAACACUUCUAAGAGAAAAAUGGUCUGAAGCUUUGAUGAAAAGAAGGGAAUACUUAGAUAGCCAAAUACAGAAGAUUAUCAACAAAAAAGAUAAAAGUGAUCAAGAUGUUGAAAGGGAACAGAGCUUAAUAGAUCAGUGGGUGUGUUUAACUGAGGAGAGGAAUACUGUGUUGGUUCCAGCUCCUCAAUCUGGUAUUCCAGGAGCACCUGCUGACUGGGAUCCACCAAUGGGGAUGGAGAAGCAUAUUCCUGUUAUUUUUCUUGAUCUAAAUGCUGAUGACAUGAGUGUGCCAGUCAAAGGUGAUGCGGAAAUCCGUAUUGCCGGAGCCAAUUCCAUCCUUCCAAAAGAACAUGGCAGCCAAUCAUUCAACCUUCCAAUUGUUAAAUAUUGUGAGAAAGAAGUAUGUGCAACGGCAGCUUGGGAUUCCUCCAUCCACGAUUCAAUUCAUCUAAACCGAGCCACUUCCCCCAACGACCGCAUCUACCUGAUAUUAAAAGCAUCUGUCCGUCUAAGUCAUCCUGCCACAAUGGAUGUAAUGCUGCGAAAGCGCCUUGCCAUCAAUGUUUAUAAGAAACAGUCCAUAGCCGACAAGAUAAAGAAAAAGAUUGUUCGCCAAUGUCUGUGGGGGCACCUGUAUAUUCAGGGUCAAACUGAAAACUACCUAGAUUCUCUUUUGCUUACUGGUGUAACAUAUGAAGUUGUCUCAAAUAUACCAAAGGCUUCUGAAGAUCCAGAAAACCGUGAGAUGCUUGCUCUCAUGGCUGCUUCUGGCGAAGAUGCUCACACAAAUGAUGGAGAGAGUUAUAUUGAAAAGUAUACUCGAGGUGUGUCGGCCGUGGAAAGCAUUUUAAUGUUAGAUAGGCUACGACAGGAGGUAGCUGUAAAAGAACUCCUGGCUGCUCAAGGGAAACCCCUUAGGAAAACUGCUAGUGUGCCAAAUAUUGCUCAUGUUCUGAGGAUUGAACAGCGGCUGGACACCACUUUCCCUCAAAGAAUGGAUCCCAGCUCUAGAGCCGACUCUGCCUGUGAAUUAAGUAUGCAAUCUCCUAAUGAUGCAUCCAGCCCACUGACAAGUACCCCGUUUGGAAAGGAAAAGCCUUCGAUAAGCAAUGGGGAAUCCCCUGUUGCUUCAGCAUAUGGUCUAAACUCUCCUUUAAAUGGUCUCACACCCCAGUCUACUAAAUUAGUGAAGCCCAUGUCAACUGUUGUGGAAGAACACAGCCUUCAGAGUGUGCCAGAAUGUGGGCUGGAUGAUUCUUCAGAAUUUUGUGAUCAUUUAAGGGAUGAAACUUGUGUGCAAAAUUUGGCUGCAAAAUUUGAUAAUUGUGAAGAAGAAUUUCACGACUUUCAAUCACAUCAAACAGAAGAAAUUUCUAGGACAAACACCGAAACUGCAGACAUAAUAGAAAAAAGAAGGACCUUAGAGACUCCUGACAGCAUUGGAGACAUACAACCUAAAGUGGGUACACCAAGUAUGAUUUCCAGUGGGUAUGGAUCUCAAGCCCUCUCUACAACUCCAGCAUCCAGUGAAGAUUCUAUUUCUAUACACAGUGUGACAGAAGAUUUCAGAGAUUCUGAUUUUAUUCAUGAGAUUACAGUUGCCAAUGAUGACCACCAGACUCAGUAUGAGCAAACAAAUCCAGAAUUUAUAGAAGAUUAUCACAACAAUAACAGCAAUAACAUUACCAGUGAGGGAGACACACUGUGUCUGGAACCUGAACUUUUAGAUCCACAUGUAGAUACAAACGCAGAAACACACUCCCAAGGAUCUUCAGAUGGGGAACUUUGCCGUGAGUCAGCUGUGGAGAUGAAAUUCCCAUCUUGGCUGACUGUUGGUGAAAGCGUUAUGAUUUCUCCCUACAAUAAGACCGGAGUUGUUGCUUAUCUGGGUCCAACACAUUUUGCAUCUGGGCCAUGGGCCGGAGUGGAACUGGAUACUCCCACUGGUAAAAAUGAUGGAACUGUUAAUGGCACUCGUUACUUUGAAUGCAAACCUCGUUUUGGUAUUUUUGUGCGACCAGAUAAACUUGUUGUCGACAGAAGGGGCAGAGAUAUGAGAGCAGCUCGGAGUACUUCAGCUUCAUCUAACAACCUAUCUAAGAGGAGCAAAGAAGACAUUUCUGUCCACAAGAGUCACAGCAGAUCGGACAAUCACUCUCUCGGUGGAGGACAGUGGAAUUCUUCCAAGGCCCGCAGCCGCAGCAGGGACGGGAAAAUGCGCGGCAGUUCCGCCAGAGGGAAGAAAUGAAACCGUACCUUUUAACUUACGUGAAAUGCACCAAUUGGCAGUGAUCGUCAACGAGGAAGAUCACAAGAGUUUGUCCUCAUACUAUGCAUAUGGAGUCAUAGUAUGCAUUUGCAGAGGAAUUUUCUCGAGAAAGACUGUGUGAGAACAGACUUUUCAACACCUGGUUCUCUCCUGAGAGGGAAAAAUUUACAGCUAGAGAAAAUUGUUGGUUUCUGUAACUCAAGUUUCCAAGUAGUGUAUAGUUAAAAGGCUUCCUACCAUGGUUUUUGAAAAUAUACGAUGUUUAAUGAAUUUUCACUGCAGUCAGAGAUUUGCAUCUAAUAUCCUUCAUUACUUUUUUUUCUUAAAUGCCGUCCUUUUGUCUUUCUAGCAUAUUUUAAGUCCUUAAAUGAUUUUAUUUAUAAAAUGACUGCAGAAAAGUGCAUUACUAUUUUGUUUUUAAUUUUUUUGUUAUAUUUAUUGGCCAGUAUUAAGUGACAUAAUUCUCCAGUGAAAAGAAUUCAUUCGGUUGGUAAUUCAACCCAAAUUUUUAAGUCUAUUUGUCUUAGUUUUAACGUUUAAAAAUAUUUUAACUCAAAAUGUUGAAGGAAGAAAACUUAUAAAAAUAUUUUAAUCUAUUAUACAUUGGGGAAACUUUUUAUCAAUAUUAACAGAUUGAUAAAGGGCCUAAGUUUCCAGAAAGCAAUUUGAAUUUUUAAUAAAGGAAAAGUGAUGAAUUUGUUCGGUGUUCCUAAAAAUAGGUAUAUUUUAAAAUAUUUUUUGCAUUUUGAAUUCAUCAUGUACUAACGAAAUUAUCGAAAGAAUUUUAACCAAACUUUAAGAUGAGGAGUUUACUUUUGAUUAGCUAAGUCAAAUCAUGCAGUCUUAUAAUAUUAAAAUCACAUUUCCCCCACAACACCUGCUGAUAAUCUUUCCAGAUUUAAUAUACAUACGUAUUUAUCUAUACACAUAUACAUAUGUAUGUGCACUAUCUUGAGCCAUACUUAUAUUUGACACCUAUGUUGUAAAUGCGCAUAUGUGUAUUAUUAAUCCAAGCUUUUAAUGGCUAAACUUAAUAUAUAAUAAUCCUGCCUAAACUUCUCCAAAUAGUUUUAGACAUGUACUAGAGGGUAUUCUGAGAAAAGAGCCUUUUAAUACAGUAUAUAUCUAUACAAGCUAUAAAAUUUUAAAAAUAUUUAUCUUAGCAGCUUACUGUUAAGAGUACUUUUUGCCGACAUUUGUACAUAUUAUUUUCAUCUGUGUACACAAGAUUCUGGGUUCUGUAAAUACCAAAUGUCAGCACUUGAAUUAUUAAAAACACAAUAACCCAAAGAAAUUAUUCUGUGAAUAUUUUUAUGCCAUUUUUUACUUUACUGCCAGUAUUUAAGCAUUCCACCUAAAAGAAAGUAACAAAGUUGAAAUACUUUCUUUAACUCAUCCGAAAAGAUACAUCUAAAAGUUUAUUCUAUGCUAUCCUAAAGAAAAUUUACAAAGGUUUUCUUUUAUCAUAUAUAUGUUUGAAUGCAUUGACUAAUCAGCUUGCAAAAAAAAAAAAAAAAGCUUAAAAGCACAUGUUUACAAAACAUUGGUCAUUAAUCAAAAAUUUCAUGCGUAGUGAACAUAAAAUGACUUUGAAAUUUAUAUUUCUUAUACCAUUGGUACAGGAGGCUGAAUAUGGUUGUGUUUUUGCAUUUUAUUAAACAAAAUGAACUGAAAGUCAUGUUGUUUCAAAAAUUUGUAUAAAAAAGUAUUAAAAAAAUUCUAGACAUUUUCUGUGAUAUUUUUAUAAUUUAGGUUGAAUAAAUUUAUCAUUUAUUAUAACAGAUUUUUUGAUUUUAUAAGUUAUAUGAACUGGUGUUAUUGUUUAAAUAUUGUAAGUAUAAGUUCCCUGUUAUUGGAAGCUUGACAAUUGUAGUUAUGAAAUGUUUUAGUUUGUAUAUCUGAGCAGUUAAAAUAUUAUAGGGUGUCACUGUUUUUAGGUACCAAAAACAAAUUUUAGAUUUAUGUUGUUAAGCUGUCCAUGUAUCUGGCCAUGUUAUUUUACCAAAUAACAUUGGAUCAGAAAUUUGUAUAUUGUGUUCUUCCAAAGAAUAAAAUUUUUAAGACGAUAA